UUGGUGAAAUGAUGAUAGAAUAUUGAAUAUUUAAUUUUUCCUGAUUAAAUCGCCUAUCCUAAAAAAUUAAGGGACAAACAACACCGUUUAGGUACAUUUGGGUAGCGCCUCAACAUUGUGCCAAAAUCUUGUUGCAGACUCCUGAGCAAGAACAUCUGUUGUGAGAAAAUAAAAGAUUGUGAAACUUUAUUUGAAAAGUCAGGAUGGGCGUCUGCUGUUCCUCUUUUUGAAAUGAAAGUAUGUCAAAUGUCCUCCCAAUUUCUCUCUUCAGGUUUUUUUCUACAGCGUCUCUCUGCAAGAAGAUGAAUGAACGUCCUGUGCAUAUGGUGCCCCCUAGUGGCAACUAUGCCAAGUGUGGCCAGAAGAGUAAAAGCGAGUCAGAUUAUUACAUUGUUGGUGCCAGAACUCAGAACGGAGUCGACAUUGAGCCCCAAGGGCCACAGUUUGUUGCAGCACAAGUUAAGGGCUCUAAAGAGCGACCUUUAUCAGCAACGUUGAUCGAUGCUAACACAUGUUCUCAUCAGAGAUAUUUGUCAGUUGACUUUUGUAAAUCCAGGACUUCUGUCAUCACUGUGAAGAAGACCGUUAAGGAACCUCAACCUGCACAGAGAAGAGUGUCCCUGAAACAACUCCAAGCAUCAUCACACUCUUCCUUCAAGCGCUACUCCUGCCCACCAAUUGGGAUCUGUUUCUCUCAAAGUCAAUCUUCCUCCUCCUCUUCCGCUUCUUCUUCCUCCUGCUCCUCAUCCCCUCCUGUUCCAACUUCUGUCAUCACCGGACAUGAUCCCCUAGGCUGGAAGUUCCAACCCAGGUCCAGAUCAAGAUCCUCCAGGAAUCACACCAGAAGGCUUUCUUUACAAAUCCCUCAACUAGAUGUCCCAACUCCCUCCUCUCCAAGCCUAAAUCUUUCACCCAAAACCAAACUUACCCACAGACCCAAACCGUCCCCCCGACACCACUCUGAGCCCUCCACCCUCAGGGUGAUGGAGAAGGCUCUUCCAGUGAUGGCUCCUGAGGAGCUCUGCGCAGUACAUCUUAGAGCCACCACACUGGGGGAGCAAUCCGACGAGGUCUUCAAUGACUCAGCUCCAGAGAAGAGGAGAGAUAGUGCUUCACCUGCUCUACCACAUAAAGUCCCACCACCUGUUCCACUAAAGACUGCCCUGACCAGACAAAUAGCACAUGCGAUUGGUUCCUCAAGGCGUUGCCUCAGGCUAGUUUCAGCUCUAAGGAACAACCACAAAAACACUUAUUCAAGUGUGACAUACCCAACCUCUGGGUAUUCACCUCAUAUUAUGAGUCAGAACAACAUCUGUACUGCUGAAAAGG